UUCCCAGAAUCGUUGCCCUGAUGCUGAUAUCUGUGUGUGUUUGUCUUCUAGGAGCAGGAAGCUGUGCAGCGCAUGCAGACCAGAGCUCUGGAGAGAAACAUGAGGAGGUUGAACCAAUGAGAGGCCUUUUUUGGUCUGGGCAGGACUUUUGGUAACCGAAGGCUCUAUUUUUAACCUUCCUCUUUUUAAUUUCCUCGCUGAUCACCUUGAGCAGAGCAAGGCAGUGUCUCUUCAUAAGCGGCAGACAAAAGUAUUUGUUCAAGUCAUUUCUUCGAACUCACUCUCCUCUUCCUGUGGCAGACCAGCAUGGCCAAAUAGGUACAUAAGGCCAGGGUCACAAUCCAGCUAACGCACUCUUUCCUUUAUAAACUCUGGUAUCAACUAUUUAUUCUGCAUGUUUGUGUUACAUGUAUAGUGAUUUUAAGAAGUGUACCUUCCCUCUUCUGGCUGGAACAGCAGGGAGAUAACCACUUCCUGAUGUUAUAUUUGCUGAAUGUGCCUGGUUCUUACCCUCAUCUCCAGAAUCACUGAUAAAGUAUAUUCACGGAGCAGUGGUGCCAAGACAUCAACACUGGACUGCCUAAUCUGCAGGUGCCUAUACGUCUGUUGUCCUAUCACUGGACUGCCUUUUACCCAGGGCACUGGCCCAAACUGUCCAGUCAUGCUCUUCAAAAGGAAGUUGUGCCUGUUUGCUCUGUUUGGUGGGAUUAUCUUUGUCAUGAUCGCCACCCAUACCAUUCAGAAGAACAACAUCCUGUCUAUGACUUUGAUGGAGACCCAUGCCACCUCCAUGACUGUGCAAGGGCCCGCUGUUAACCGAACAUGGGCUCUACCGAGUGCCGCGGUGCCCAGCCCGGACAGGAUAUGUGGGUGUCCGUCCUGCAUAGCGGACAUGGAGGUCUCGGAGUGGUUCGCGCAGCACUAUGAACCCCAGCAGCAGCCCUUUCUCACAGACGGAGACAACAACAUGGACCCCCUGGCACUGAAGUGGUGGCUGGUAAGACGUUUACUAUUGACGAGAUGGGCCAAAUAGUGUGGCUAUAUACUGUAUGUGGCCAAAAACUGUCAGUUUAUUGUUAAAGGUGUGGUAUUAUACAGCAAAGAUUCUACGACAAAUGAAGAAGAAGAAAAAAUACUAAGGAAUCUGUCACUUUCCCAAAUAUGUCUGUCUGUACAUUAAUAUUAGUACAUCAGUACAAUGUAAUACAUUUUAUUACUAUUUAUGGGUCACUCGGUCGUUGCCAUUGUUAUCAACGUUCUACAGACGCCGCAGCCAUAUUGAUGCACGAACGUAGAACAGGGGCUAAUGACUUUAAACCAGGGCUAAUGACUUUCAUCUAAAUUACAUUAUAGGGGCUUAGGAAUACGAUGGCAUUGCUAAAGUAUGCACAUAUUUAGUAGGAAACAACUUUACCAGCAUCAUCAUGUUGUCAAAUUUACUUUAGACAGAUGGCAAUGUUGUCAUUAGCUAGCAAAGUUAAUCAAAAAUAUGUUAGCUAGCUAAAAUCUGGAGUUCUCCCCUCAAUCUUAGGUAGCUAGCUAACGUUAUACUGCAACUAAAGUCAAUCUGGUGAUGUCAAAAUGAUGACAAAAGGUUUUCCUACUAAUUAUUUGCCUUCUUUAGAAAUGUCAUUGUGUUUUCAAGCCACAGUAAUGCACUUUAGACCUAAUCUUCAUCAGCGCCCAAUGAGGAUGCAUUGAGUAGAAAGGUCAGUUUGGCAUCAGUCCUAAAACGAACGUUCUAAACAAAAUUGUGACGCAACGUGCAAUCAUGAAUACAGUGCCACGAAAAAGCAUUUGCCUCUUUUCUGAUUUUCUCUAUUUUCUCUAUUUUUAUAAUAAUAAAUAAUAAUAAUAAUAUGCCAUUUAGCAGACGCUUUUAUCCAAAGCGACUUACAGUCAUGCGUGCAUACAUUUUUUUUGUGUAUGGGUGGUCCCGGGGAUCGAACCCACUACCUUGGCGUUACAAGCGCCGUGCUCUACCAGCUGAGCUACAGAGGACCAGAGGAUUUUUGAUUUUUGACACUGAAUGUUCAACCAAAACCUAAUAUUAGAUAAAGGGAACCCGAGUGAACAAAUAAAACAAUACUUAUUUCAUUUAUUUAAUAAACAAAGUUAUGCAACACCCAAGGCCCCUGUGUGAAAAUGUAAUUACACUCAACUGGUUGUACCACCUUUAGCUGCAAUGACUGCAACCAAACGCUUCCUGUAGUUGUUGAUCAGUCUCGCACAUCUCUGUGGAUGAAAUUGGUGGUGGUAGUGUGAUGGUUUGGAGAUGCCUUGCUGCCUCAGGACCUGGACGACUUGCCAUCAUUGAAGGAACCAUGAAUUCUGCUCCGUAUCAAAUAAUUUUACAGGAGAAUGUCAGGCAAUCAGUCCAUGAGCUGAAGCGCAGCUGGGUCAUGCAGCAAGACAAUGAUCCAAAACACACAAGCAAGUCUACAUCAGAAUGUCUUAAAAGCAACACAUCUUAAGUUUUGGAAUGGACUAGUCAAAGUCCAGAUCUAAACUUGAUUGAGAUGUUGUGGCAGGAUCUGAAACGAGCUGUUCAUGCUCGAAAACCCACAAAUGUCGCUGAGUUAAAGCAGUUCUGCAUGGAACAGUGGGCUAAAUGUCUUCCACAGCGAUGUGAGCGACUGAUCAACAACUACAGGAAGCGUUUGGUUACAGUCAUUACAGCUAAAGGUGGUACAACCAGUUAUUGAGUGUGAGGGGGCUAUAGAGACCCACAAAACCUAGCGGUCAAACAGGGAAAUGGUUCCAAUCAUUUUUCCACCAUUCAACUGUUUCGGACAAGGUGACUUAUCAAUAUAUUCGGCUCUAAUAAGCAUCAGACUACAAAUCCCUGCAAGCUGCUGCACGUCAUCUUUGCUAACAGGUAUUGUGUCAAUUUAAAACUUGCACAAGACAGUUCACAGAAUUGUGAAUUUAAAGAAAUGUAGCCAAUUUAUUCAUUACAAAAUGCAGCUAACAUUAGAUAGUUAAUCCAGAGAUUCUUCCCUUUGCCUCGAUUCGGCAGUCUCGUCCAGAUCAUCAUGGCAUUGGUAGUUCUUUAUGAUAGCCACAUUAGCAUUUCAAUUUUUUUUUUUUUUUUUUGGGGGGGGGGGGGGGUAAAUAUAGAUUUAAACGGCUAUCAAAACAUCACGCCAGGGUAAGCCUACACGAAACACAGCCCUUAUUUUAAGUGUUUCUAAAAUCCCCUAAGUGAAAAAUGAAUGGUGGAAAAAAUUGAUUUCCUUGUUUGACUGCUAGGUUUUAUGGGUAUUAUGACACAUACUGUGGUAGUAGAUCUGAUUUACAUUCAGUGUAAAAAAAAUAAAAUAUGCAAAAAUAGAGAAUCUGAAAGGGGGCAUACUGUUUUAUUGCAAUGUACGUCCUGUUCACCACCAUUCAAUAAUCAGUCAUUUGAAAAGAAAUCAAGGCAUAUGGCCAGCUAAAAUUAAGGAUUUGCUGACAUGCAUGUGAAAUGUGUGUAUUCCUAGAUAUACUAUUCCUAGGAGGGACUUAGUAGUCCUACUCUUGUCUCUCAAGCAUGCUGCAAAUAUCAACGUUUGAAGUCCAAUUUUUAUUCCGUGGCAAACGGAGUACAUCUGGAAAAGACAGCCUCUGUGGUGCACAGCGAAAACUAAAUGUUCUCUUUUUAUUACCAUUCUGUGGCCAAAUGUCAUUAAAACCUACUGCGGUGGAUUCCAUGCACUGUAAUCGUCAGGGUGACUACUUUCCAUAAGAAACUCCCUGAAGGGACUGAACAAAGAAAGGAGAACUCGGCCUCCUUAAGCCAUUCUCCAGUCUGAGCAUGUUUGAAUACGUUUGAUUUAAAGAUAAUUUGAGGCAUUCAAGGUUUCGAAAGCAACACUAAGAUAAACUUGGCAUUGUGAUGGCUUCCGUGGCACUGAAAAUCAGUAGUCAGGACAUACAAACACUGUGUUUCCAUCGUCGGUCUGCUAAGAAUGCCCUACCAAAACACAGUGAAAGGGGACAUUUAACUCAUGGCCUCCAAUGUAACACGAGGCUCCCUCUGGAGGCUGGUGAUUCCCUGAGUACCGAAAUAUUAAAGGCCCCUUGUAUAUAUUGCUCAGUUUUUUGUUUGUUGGGAGCCAAAGGUGAGCGCAGGCAUUAGUCCUGUGAGAUAUCAUUGUCACUCCACAUCUAAAGUGAAUUUUAAACAUCCCCAUCAGGCUUUGCAGCGGUCCACCGAUGAGCGGACGAUAUAUGAGGUGAUCCAGAAGAUGUUCCAGGUCAUCGCUCCCCCUGCCAUGGAUGUCCAACCCAAACAAGCUCAGUGCAGGAAGUGUGCAGUGGUGGGGAACUCAGGAAACCUGCUGGGCUCUCAAUACGGCUCCUUGAUAGACUCGCAUAACAGUGUCAUAAGGUAUGACCCAACUAGUGUUUUCACGAUACCAGAAUUUUGACUUCUAUACCGAUACCAGGUUUAGUAUCACGAUACUAGAUACCAUCACAAUACUCGAUACCACGGCAAAAAAAUGAAGGCAUAUUAGCCAAAGUCACAGAAUGGCUCUUGAGCCAGACAGAUAAACUCUGCUACUGCUCUGUUCAAACGUUGGACAUGUUUUGAGUUCAAUAUCAUUACAUUCAAAAAGAUGUACGUCAACAUUUUUCAGAGACAGCCAUGUAUGUAUGCAUUAAUUAAUCAUUUAUUCAAUCAUACAAUUAAUUUGACUUUGUUUUUACCAAUCUAACUACAUAACAACAUAAUGGUAAUCAUUUAUUUGAAUGGUAAAUCUCUUGAUAAACAGGGUAAAUCAAGAUGUAGCCUAGGCCUAUCCACAAUACAGGGGAAUGCAUAUUCAAUAGGAGUGUGCAUGCAUUGAGUUAUUGAGCUUAUUUUGGCUGAUUUCAUGGGGGUACAGAUGACAAGCAAUCUGUUUCCAUUCCAUUUGGGACUUAAUUUAUUGUACUGAUCAACAACAUUUGCAUAGAAGUAGCUUAUUUUGUAAAAGUGUAUGCUGUCUCUUUAACCAGUAAAGACAUCAUUCAUGAGGCAAUAGGGGGGCUGCCCAUCAGAGCCCUACACAGUUUCAGUUGGCUGAGGCAAUAGAUACUAUUUUGGAGAGACGUUAGAGACCGAUUUAAGUGAAUGAAUAAAGUUUUGGUAGCAACCAGCUUUGAAAUCAACAUUUUGCGUUAUGGUUUGCACACAAAGUAUUAGGGUAGUGAAUUGAUGUUACAAUAGCUUCAGCUGUAAGCUAGCAAGAAAAGUUGGCCUACAAAGUUACCAGUAUCUUGCAUUGUUAAGUGUUCAAGCCUUUAUGGACAUUGUUUUGCAAACAGUAGUUAACAGUUUUAACAUGCCGUGUCGCAUUAUUGAAGUGUGUUAACUUCUGUUCAGUAUGAGUGGGAAGCUAACAUGAUACAGCCCAGACUCCCAUUGCAGGCUAAGUGAAGCAGGCUAGGUGUGCAUGCGGUAUAAGGGGGACAUCUGCUGUGCUGUAGACAGACUUGAUCCGUGAGAUAUAUUUGACAGAGGUACCUAAAGUAACACAAAUUCUAGUACCAAACUGUUUUUCAUGUUCUAGUAUCGAAAAAGCACAGAAGUUUCGGGAAAUACUGUGCAACACUAGACCCAACACAGACAACACAACCAAUCAAACAGUCAAAACAACCAUUAAAUGGCCUUAUCUACUUCUAUGUAAAUACAUAGUCCAAACAAGUAUGAUUAUCACAUCAUGGCCAUUACCACUGUAAAAUGGCCUUAACACCAACAUAGUCUAAAAAGUGAGAGGAGGCAUUACACAACCCCAUCACUGCUAUGAUCCAAACAACCCACAACCAUUCACCUUGGCAGGAUUAGGCAAUGCUGAGCCUGAGGAACCAGUGACCAGACUUCAGUUCCAGACACUCAUCGAACCACCUGACCCAAUUACCGUAUCCCCUGAAACUAGUGAGGCAUGCCAAAUGAGCUCAAUUAAGACUAUACUUAGUUAACUAUUGGUUAAAUCAGGUGGUUGACUGACUGUCUGGAAUGAAUGCACACAUACACUGGAGCCCAGUAGCUGCAGGGUUACCAUGUUAAAUCUAAUUCGGUGUCUGACCUGCCUGUGUACUGAAACAAUGUAUUCUCUUUGCUGUAAAGGAUGAAUAAAGCCACCACAGCAGGGUUUGAGGCCGACGUGGGCAACAGAACGACGCACCACUUCAUGUACCCGGAGAGUGCAGUGGACAUCGCCCCUGGGGUCCACCUCGUCCUGCUGCCCUUUAAACUCCGCGAUCUACAGUGGGUGGCCAGCGCCCUUUCGACGGGAGAGAUCAAAACGUAGGUCCACUCUUCACCAAUCCUAAGCUUUUCACUGUCACUCCCCAACAUACAGUACAACUACUGACCACAACCACACAAUACGGACCAUAAUUACUGACCACAAACACACCACUACUGACCACACAUCUACUGACCAUAACUAACGACCACAACAACACAACUACAGACCUGUCAAAGCACUCAGCUGACUAAUGCAUGGUAUGGGUCUGACUGACUACAAUAGAUGGUGUAAUUCAUUGUUGACCUGUUUUUGAUGUGACUGUUGUCUUUGACUAUACAUUUACAUUUAGCAGAUGCUCUUAUCCAGAGCAGCUUACAGUUAGUGCAUUCAUCUUAAGAUAGUUAGGUGGGACAACCACAUAUCACAGUCAUAUUAAGUACAUUUUUCCUCAAUAAGGUACCUAUCAGCAAAGUCAGCUAGUAAGAGUCAAGUGCGAGUGUUGUGGGGGAUUAAUCGCUGUGGGAUUAUUUAAGAUACUCUUUGAAGAGGUAGGGUUUCGGAUGUUUUUGGAAGAUGGGCAGGGACUCUGCUAUUCUAGCUUCAGGGUGAAGCUGGUUCAACCAUUGGGGUACCAAGACGGAGAAGAGCUUGGACUGGGUGCUGCCCUCCCAUAGGGGUGGGAGGGCCAAGAGACCAGAGGUGGCAGAACGGAGUACUCAUUUUACAUUUACAUUUUACGUUAUUUAGCAGACGCUCUUAUCCAGAGCGACUUACAGUUAGUGAGUGCAUACAGUAUUGUUACUUUUUAUUUUUUAUUAUUAUAUAUAUUUUUUCAUACCCCCCCGUGGGAAUCGAACCCACAACCCUGGCGUUGCAAACGCCAUGCUCUACCAACUGAGCUACAUCCCCUGCCGGCCAUUCCCUCCCCUACCCUAGACGACACUGGGCCAAUUGUGCGCCGCCCCAUGGGUCUCCCGGUCGCGGCCGGCUACGACAGAGCCUGGAUUCGAACCAGGAUCUCUAGUGGCACAGCUAGCACUGCGAUGCAGUGCCUUAGACCACUGCGCCACUCGGGAGACGGGUUGGGGUGUAGGGUUUAAGCAGAGCCUGAAUGUAGGGAGGGGCAGUUCUUGCUGCUCCGUAGCAUGGUCUUUUAUUCUAUAUUUAGAAUGUUCCUGUUUUUAUCGUGACAAUGUUUUGCCUCUUGGCUGUCAUAAUAAAUGAGAACUGGAUCUAAACUGACCCACCUGGUUUAAUAAAGGUAAAAUAAAAUAGUUGUUUUUCCCUGCAUGUUUCUUCAGGACAUACAUGAGGGUGAAAGGUCGAGUACAGGCUGACAAGGACAAGGUGAGGCUUAUCACGGUGGACGAAACUAUUGAAUUAAUGUUGAUGCGUUUUGUGAGUUAAAGCUAAUCACCCUCUCGUUUGUAGGUUAUAGUGGUGAAUCCAGCAUUCUUUAAGUACACCCACGACCGGUGGACAGAGCGCCAUGGCAGAUACCCAUCCACGGGCAUGCUGGCCGUUAUAUUUGCCCUUCACAUCUGCGAUGAGGUGAGUAUCCUUUGACAUCAAUAGGGUUUUUCCAUAGCAGCAUCAGUGUGUCGCCAGUGAUUAUGUUAAUGUUAGCUCUAAUGUAAUUUUGGGGAACUAUGUUUCCAUAACUGGGGCUGACACUGAGGACUUGUGAAGAGCAGAAUCAACAACCUCUGCAUAAUCAACACAGUUGCUUUAUGAGAUGGUGUUAACCAUGGAAGGUGAUUAGCUCCUCUGGUCUAAAAAAAUAUAUCCCAAUGCCCCAGGGCAGUGAUUGGGGACAUUGCCCUGUGUAAGGUGCCGUCUUUCGGAUGGGACGUUAAACGGCUGUCCUGACUCUCUGUGGUCAUAAAAAUCCCAUGGCACUUAUCAUAAGAGUAGGGGUGUUAACCCAGGUGUCCUGGCUAAAUUCCCAAUCUGGCCCUCAUACCAUCAUGGUCACCUAAUCAUCCCCAGCUUCCAAUUGGCUCAUUCAUCCCCCCUCCUCUCCCCUGUAACUAUUCCCCAGGUCGUUGCUGUAAAUGAGAAUGUGUUCUCGGUCAACUUACAUGGGAAAAUAAUGGUAAAAUAAAUAAAUAAAAUGUUAUGUAAAUGCAAGCUGAAAAGUAUAUUUGGCCUCUCCUAGGCCCCAAGUCAGAACAGGUACACUGAGGCCAUAGCCCAGUGAAUCACUGGAGCCCGGGCCAUGGAGGUGGAAACGGUCUGAUUUUUGGGGGGUAAAUCCUCAUUGGAAAUUGACUUAUCUUUAGUAUCAGAAGCCUGGCUGAAAGUAAACAGAAUGCUAAUAACACUAGUAAUGCUUAACAUUGCCGUCCUUCUCCAGGUGUCUGUGUUUGGCUAUGGAGCUGACCAACAGGGGAACUGGCACCACUACUGGGAGGACAACAAGUACGCCGGCGCGUUUAGGAAAACUGGGGUGCACAAUGCCGAUUUUGAGACAGAGGUUAUCCAAAAGCUGGACACGGAGGGCAAAAUUAAACUGCACAAGAGAUGAGUAUGAGCAGGGGCGGUGUGUACAGGACGAAGCCAUUAGUAUUGGGUGUUGUGGUCAGAGACCGUCAAAGAGGGACAUAAAACCUGUGAUGCGCCCUGGUCUCUGAAACUAGCACUGUGAGAUAGACAUACAACCAAAACCACAAGCUGAAGAACUUGAAUCAUGUCAUUUGAGCAUGCACUGCAUGUCAACAGCAUAAUAAAUGGCUUUUCAGCCUUUUAAACAGGGAUGGAAAACCUCCACACGUUUUAGACAGAUCAUGACAAGAAAUGAACAUAGAAAGUACGUGUCGGCAUGCUGCACCAAACUAGCCUUAUACUGAAGAACCCUUCAAGAACCUGAGAGCCUUUGACUGAAGGGGUAAACCACAGAAUCCACAUUAAGGACAGAAGCCCUGUGUUGCAAGGGUAUAAAAACCACAUCUGCAUGUAUUUUACUUCUUUGUGAGGAUGGAAAACGGCACGAUUUGAGUCAAAUUAAUUCAAGCAUUUCUACUGCAAUGGAACUAUAAGGAUUGGUUUAAUGUCUCUGUAGAGACAGUUUUGAGCUGCCAUAGUAGUCAAUUAAACCAUAUUAAUGUAUAGCUUUCACACCCAAUUAUGUUACCCGUUAUUAUGUUGCGCUAAACUUGAUCUAAUAACGUGUUUUAGACUAUGGACAUUUCACGUUGUUCCCAAGAAUACAAUAUUGAGCUAUGUAAGGAGGGAACACAGGAUGUGGUCAUAAAUAGUCUGCUUAAUGUUGCACCAUGAUACCACAUUCUUGUUUGAGGGUGUGCGGGGCGGGCUAGCCAGACGUCUUCGAUUCAUUUCUAAAUAUAAUUAAUGCUUUAAUAAGAGAGAUUCCAGUGAUGUGCCUUCUGAGCCAGUUUAACUGAGUUUUGCUAACUUUUUUUAUAUGGAUGUAUGAACCUUUCGCUAGUGUCAAUCAAAGACUGAGUCCCACUGUUAUUAGAGAGUUUGAUCUAUGACCACUGAUAGACAGUUAUGUGACCCGAUGAGUAAAAACAAACACCUUCAAUUAAAACCAGAAACAAUCAAUACAGAGGUUAUGCAACUUUAAUAUCAUCAUUAACUAAACAGUUAAUGUUUGUUCAGAGCCGGCUCCUAUUUUAAAUAAAAUCUCAAAACCAUUUAGGAUUAUUAAAAUACAAGUAAAUUGGUACCCAAUACAAUACUUUUAAUAAAACAUCAGAAACCAUACAUUUGUAUUUAUGGUUUAUUGGGCUCCCGAGUGGAGCAGCGGUCUAAGGCACUGCAUCU